AUGGCAUUAAGAUUUCCAAGGUUUAGCCAAGGCUUAGCUCAGGACCCCACUACUCGUCGUAUUUGGUUUGGUAUUGCUACCGCACAUGACUUCGAGAGUCAUGAUGAUAUCACCGAGGAACGUCUUUAUCAGAAUAUUUUUGCUUCUCACUUCGGGCAGUUAGCAAUAAUCUUUCUGUGGACUUCCGGCAAUCUGUUUCAUGUGGCUUGGCAAGGAAAUUUUGAGUCAUGGGUACAGGACCCCUUACAUGUAAGACCCAUUGCUCAUACUAUUUGGGAUCCUCAUUUUGGUCAACCGGCUGUAGAAGCUUUUACUCGAGGGGGUGCUCUUGGCCCAGUGAAUAUUGCUUAUUCCGGUGUUUAUCAAUGGUGGUAUACAAUCGGCUUGCGCACCAACGAAGAUCUUUAUACUGGAGCUCUUUUUCUAUUAUUUAUUUCUGCCAUAUCUUUAGUAGCGGGUUGGUUACAUCUACAACCCAAAUGGAAGCCAAGCGUUUCGUGGUUCAAAAAUGCCGAAUCUCGUCUCAAUCAUCAUUUGUCAGGGCUCUUCGGAGUAAGCUCCUUGGCUUGGGCAGGACAUUUAGUUCAUGUUGCUAUUCCCGGGUCAAGGGGUGAAUAUGUCAGAUGGAAUAAUUUCUUAGAUGUAUUACCAUAUCCCCAAGGAUUGGGGCCACUUUUUACAGGUCAGUGGAAUCUUUAUGCCCAAAACCCCGAUUCCAGUAGUCAUUUAUUCGGUACCUCCCAAGGAGCGGGAACUGCCAUUCUAACCCUUCUCGGGGGAUUCCAUCCGCAAACUCAAAGUUUAUGGCUGACCGAUAUUGCCCAUCAUCAUUUAGCUAUUGCAUUCAUUUUUCUCGUUGCUGGUCAUAUGUAUAGAACUAACUUCGGGAUUGGGCACAGUAUAAAAGAUCUUCUAGAGGCGCAUAUUCCUCCGGGGGGUCGAUUGGGGCGCGGGCAUAAAGGCCUUUAUGACACAAUCAAUAAUUCGAUUCAUUUUCAAUUAGGUCUUGCUCUAGCCUCUUUGGGGGUUAUUACUUCCUUGGUAGCUCAACACAUGUACUCUUUACCUGCUUAUGCAUUUAUAGCACAAGACUUUACUACUCAAGCUGCGUUAUAUACUCAUCACCAAUACAUCGCAGGGUUCAUCAUGACAGGAGCCUUUGCUCAUGGAGCUAUAUUCUUCAUUAGGGAUUACAACCCGCAGCAGAAUGAGGAUAAUGUAUUGGCAAGAAUGUUAGACCAUAAAGAAGCUAUCAUAUCUCAUUUAAGUUGGGCUAGCUUGUUCCUGGGGUUCCAUACCUUGGGACUCUAUGUUCAUAAUGACGUCAUGCUUGCUUUUGGUACUCCAGAAAAACAAAUCUUGAUCGAACCCAUAUUUGCCCAAUGGAUACAGUCCGCUCAUGGUAAGACUUCAUAUGGGUUUGAUGUACUCUUAUCUUCAACGAAUGGCCCAGCAUUUAAUGCAGGUCAAAGCUUAUGGUUACCUGGAUGGUUGAAUGCUAUUAAUGAAAAUCGUAAUUCACUAUUCUUAACAAUAGGGCCGGGGGACUUCUUGGUACAUCAUGCUAUUGCUCUAGGUUUGCAUACAACUACAUUGAUCUUAGUAAAAGGUGCUUUAGAUGCACGUGGUUCCAAGUUAAUGCCAGAUAAAAAGGAUUUCGGGUAUAGUUUCCCCUGCGAUGGUCCAGGACGAGGUGGUACUUGUGAUAUUUCGGCUUGGGAUGCAUUUUAUUUGGCAGUUUUCUGGAUGUUAAAUACCAUUGGAUGGGUUACCUUCUAUUGGCAUUGGAAGCAUAUCACAUUAUGGCAGGGUAAUGUUUCGCAAUUUAAUGAAUCUUCCACUUAUUUGAUGGGAUGGUUAAGAGAUUAUCUAUGGUUAAACUCUUCACAACUUAUCAACGGAUAUAAUCCUUUUGGUAUGAAUAGUUUAUCCGUCUGGGCGUGGAUGUUCUUAUUUGGGCAUCUUGUUUGGGCUACUGGAUUCAUGUUCUUAAUUUCCUGGCGUGGAUAUUGGCAGGAAUUGAUUGAAACUUUAGCAUGGGCUCAUGAACGCACACCUUUGGCUAAUUUGAUUCGCUGGAGGGAUAAACCGGUGGCUCUUUCCAUUGUACAAGCAAGACUGGUUGGCUUAGCUCACUUUUCUGUAGGUUAUAUAUUUACCUACGCAGCUUUCUUGAUUGCUUCUACAUCAGGCAAAUUUGGUUAAGUUGAUUAUUUAUUUUCAAAAGGAAGGCGCGAUAUCAAAAAAAAUCUCAUUUUUUAUUUCGAUGGAGAGGGGGCGCGCCUUCUUAUAUUUAUACAUCUAGGAUCCGAUCUGUAUUGUGUAUCAUUGGUAAUAAUAGGAACUACACCAUUAUGGCAAGGAAAAGUUUGAUUCAGAGGGAGAAGAAGAGGCAGAAAUUAGAAGAGAAAUAUCAUUUGAUUCGUCGAUCCUCAAAAAAGAAAUAAGCAAAGUUUCAUCGUUGGACGAGAAAUGGGAAAUUCAUGUAAAAUUGCAAUCCCCACCACGUAAUAGUGCACCUAUACGUCUUCAUCGACGCUGUUUUUUGACCGGAAGACCCAGAGCUAACUAUCGAGACUUUGGGCUAUCCGGACACGUACUCCGCGAAAUGGUUCAUGCAUGUUUGUUGCCGGGGGCAACAAGAUCAAGUUGGUAGGGAUAAAAAGAUCCCUUCCAAGUCCUAUUUCUAUUCAUUUCUAUUAGAGGA